CGCCCCCCACCGCCCCCCCCGCGCUUUGGUCGUGCCCUGCUCCUCCCUCUCCCCCCGCCGCGGCGCGGAGUGGGCCAGCCCGCCCCUAUAUAAGAGCCGGGUGGGCGUCUCCGCGCCGCAGCGUCGACGGCAGCGGGGCGUUGCGCUUGAGGUGUUGCGGGGGACAUCGUCGUGCGUGGGGCGCAGCCUGCCUUCUUCCCGGCUCCCUGCAGCCAUGGCCUGGCAACCGAUGGAGAUCAACCCUGAGAUGCUGAACAAAGUGCUGUCCCGCCUGGGGGUGGGUCCCGGGUGGCGCUUCGUGGACGUGCUGGGCUUCGAGGAGGAGGCGCUGGGUGCCGUGCCGGCCCCGGCCUGCGCGCUGCUGCUGCUGUUUCCCCUCACCGAGCAGCAUGAGAACUUCAGGAAACAACAGACUGAGAAAAUAAAGGACCAAGAAAUCAGUUCCAAGGUGUAUUUCCUGAAGCAGACAGUCAGCAACUCCUGUGGGACAAUUGGUCUGAUACAUGCAGUUGCUAAUAAUAAAGACAAACUGAAACUUGAUGAGGGCUCUGCCCUGAAGAAGUUUCUUGAUGAAACAGCUGAUCUGUCUCCUGAAGAGAGAGCUAAGCAUUUUGCAAAUAAUAAGGCUAUACAAGAAGUCCAUAAUUCAGUUGCACAAGAAGGACAAUGUCGGGUUGAGGACAACAGUGUGAACUUCCACUUCAUCCUGUUUGUCAAUGUGGAUGGACAUCUGUAUGAAUUGGAUGGGCGUAUGCCAUUUCCUGUGAACCAUGGCACAAGCUCAGAUGACUUGCUAUUGAAGGAUUCUGCUAAGAUCUGCAGACAAUUUACAGAACGUGAAAAAGGAGAAGUUCGUUUUUCUGCUGUGGCUUUCUGCAAGUCUGCCUGAGACUCUGAAGAGAUGCAAGGAAGGCAGUCUAAUAGCACACCAGUAAAUGCAGUCUAAACUCCAGUGCUUCAGUACUCGUUAAACACAGCUGUUCUGGUAACUUAAAUUGUUUCCACCUUUUGCUAUACACAGGAGCAACAUCAGCUGAGCUUAUGCUAAAGGAUGAGCUCAAGUUUUAAUGUGAACAGUUUGGACACAUCAGAUGUCUUUAGACUCUUUUUUCACAUGUUAAGUAGAAAAUGCUUAACAGGCCUUGUUUAAUCUGUGUCAUGUUAAUUGAGCUGUUGGUUGAUAUUUCCUUGUCCUUAAUGAGAAUAAAAUGUUCUGCUGGAAGACUAAA